GUGCCAAGCUGCCGCCACUACUACUCGCCGCUGACGUAUUCAUCGGGCCGCCGCUGUGCCAAAGCCGCCGCCACCCUAUUCGUCGCUCGCCUAUUCAUCGGGCCGCCGCUGUGCCAAGCUGCCGCCACUCUAUUCGUCGCUCGCCUAUUCAUCGGGCCGCCGCUGUGCCAAGCUGCCGCCACUCUAUUCGUCGCUCGCCUAUUCAUCGGGCCGCCGCUGUGCCAAGCUGCCACCACUGCUACCCGUUUAUUAACAUUUCGACUGAACUUUGUGAUUUAGUGUUCUUCGUAAAAAGUUCUGAACGUGAUUUUAUUGUGUUUAGUGUAGUGUUUAGUGUUAUUUAAGGAAAUAAAUUUAUAACGUUUUAAGAAAAUAUUUUCGCUUCGCUCUCUCUCUUUAUGUCCUAACAAAUAAAUUUUUGUGACGACUCUGGCCCCCGCUGAACCUACCCCAGCUUCAAAGUGAAAACACGUCGUCACAAUGGCGCCCGAGCAGGGACUAUAAAAGAGAGAAAGAAUAAAUAAAUGAGUGAACAAUAAUUAGACAAAUACAGAUGAAAACCCAGUGAAAAAAAAAACAGUUAAAAAAAAAAAAAAAAAAAAAAAAAAAAAUGUCAAACGAAAAGACAAUGUUGAAGGUCUCCUGGGCCUAUAUGCUAAAGCAAGAAGACUUGGUAACAUAUCUUACUGAAUUCAAUCUUGAUCCAGUUGGAAAAGUGGACGAUCUCCGAAAAAGAUGGGCUAAAUUUCUCCACAACGACCAUGAAGCCGAUGUAUACAGACGGCUUAUAGAGUUGCAGAACAAACAUGAAAGUACCAGUCCGACCAAAUCGCCGACAUUGCGAGCCGUCACAAAACAACCCCUUAUAACCGUAACACCGUGUGGAGCAGAAGCAAUAGUAUUAUCCCCAAUAAAAACAGAGUACGCCCUUCCCCACAUUUCCGCGGAAAGGUCACAUGGAGAGUCAAGCACAGGGGUAACAAACGAUCAAAAAGUACAGAAGAUGUCGCCAACAAACCCCGAAUAUGGAUUUCAAAAAGAUUCUCCGCCCAAGCCAUCCAAUAAUUCGUCGUUACUCGUAAUUCUCGACCAAAUCCGAAAAUGGAAUAUUACUGUUGAAAAUGGAAUGGACCCUAUUGGAUUCGUAGAACGUGUAGAGGAAAUGGCUGAAAUGUACAUCGUGGAAUUGAAUCAAAUAAUUAAAGUAAUGCCAGAGUUGUUACGAGGUAAAGCUUUAAUCUGGCUAAGGAACAACAACCGACACUGGACUACCUGGAACGAAUUUAAGAGUGAUUUUCUGAAAUUCUUUUUGCCACCGAGAUACUUUGAGAAAUUGGAGGAUGAAAUUAGGAGAAGGAUACAGCGUAAUAAGGAGCCGUUUAAGGAAUAUGUACUCUCUAUACAGCAUCUUAUGCAGCACACCAAUAUGACCGAAGAACAAAAAUUGGAACGAAUUUUUAGAAACGCGCAUCCGGAUUAUCAAUGGUACAUUCGCCGUAAAGACUUUACCACACUUUCGGAAUUGAUCUCCUUGGCAGACGAACUCGAAAGCAUACCAAAUAAUUCUCGGUCAGAACAGCCUCGAAAUCAACAAAACUAUAAUCGACGUGCGGACAACUCUAGAAAUAACCUGUAUUGCACCAAUCAAGGUGACCAAGUGCUAAACGAAAGCUCAUCCAAUCCAGAAACGCAGCAGGAUGAACCCCCGGCAAAGAAGAGUAACCAGAAUAUUACAUCAUUGCAAUGUGAAGAAUAUCGCCUUACUGCAACUGUCUUAAUAGAGGGGAAAGCUAUUAAAGCAACUGUCGACACUGGUGCCACUAGCUGUUUUAUAAAAAGAGAAUUUGCGAAAAAAAUCAAGAAAAGGUUUACUUAUUCACGGCAUGAGGCAAAUGUUAUCCUCGCAGACGGCACCACGGUGAACAUCACAAGAUCAACAGUGUUACCUGUUACAUUUGGAAACCAAAGCUCAGAUGUUACAUUUCUCAUCAUGCCGCAAUUCAAGGAAAACAUCAUAUUGGGAUUGGAAUUUCUAAAACAGUUCCACACGACCAUUCACUGCGCCGGUAUAAGUGUCAAAUUAAGUAAGCCAACCACAUCAACGGAGCAUUGUACCGUGGCUAUAGGAGAGGAAACCCCAUCAAAAGAGACAUUAAAUUGACAAUACCCAAACUAAUCAGUGUCCUAAUAUAAGCCCAUACUUCAAAGACCAUCGCAAUUCUCAAAAUUUCAACAUCACGAUGGAGCAAGAUAGCCCCAACACGAAAAAAUUCAAACGGGCGAAGGAGAAUAAUAGCACACCAAGUACAAUCAAAUUGCCAGUCACUGAAAUCCCAACUGAGUCAACGCCAUCGUCCUCGACAGACAAUCCCGUGAACAAUAACACAUUUCUCGAACUGCCAAAUUAUCCCGAAAAC